AGCAAUUUGUUGCAAGGACUAACUUGAAGUCCUAUAUCUGGGAUUCGCCUGUCGCCUAGUAGUAGUGACUGGCUUGAGCCGACCAACGUUCUUACUACUGCAGGCACCCGUCUCCUAGGAUAAGAGCCUGUUAGCGAGGGCAAGAGGAACACUAGGAAUCACCAAGGGACCCUUCCGUUUCCCAGCCGAAUGGGGAAUUUGGCAUCUCCGUGCAGAAACGAUGCUGGACACCUCAGGCCUCGAGCUUGACUGCCAAGUUUGAAUUUUGCACGUGGUUCUAACACGCCCUGGCUGUUCACACUCGAAGCAGUGGCGCACUACACAUGGCAUUUAGCAAAAUGCGCGAAAGUCACGCGAACAAGGGAGAUGUCCUCACAUCAUUCUGCCUUACUUUCAAGAUCAUCCGCAUCCGCCAAUCGACCACGCAUGAGUGUUUCAGGCAGCAAACCCCAAGAGAUGGAGUCACUCAAUUGGCUGGCCGAGUUGAGAAGAGCUGCAACUUUAAUGAUGCAGCCAGAAAAACGGAUAGCCAAACCGCCUACCGUGUGGAGAAGCAUUCAAGCGAUCGUUUUUGCUUCAUGGCUGAAUGCCUUGUUGGUCUUUAUCCCGAUAUCUUGGGCUACGAACUUUGCUCUUCCCGAUCAGCACACUCCUACAUUUGUUUUUACAUUUCUGGCUAUCAUACCGCUAACGAAGCUUCUCGCCUUCGCGACUGACGAAUUGUCAUUACGAGUCGGUCAAACUCUAGCUGGAUUUCUCAACGCUACAUUAGGAAAUGCCGUCGAACUCAUCGUAUCAAUCAUCGCGCUCGCGAAGUGUCAGCUUACAAUCGUUCAGUCGUCCUUGGUGGGCUCUAUCCUGAGCAAUCUCUUGCUGGUACUGGGCAUGUGUUUCUUUGCCGGUGGUCUCCGCUUCUCGGAACAGGGAUUUGGUCAAAGUGCUGUGCAACUUAAUUCGUCAUUGCUGACCAUUAGCGUGAUUGCUGUUCUAUUACCUGGGGCUUUUCACAUGGCUCUUCAGGGUCAACCAGAAUAUGACGAAUUGUCGACCGAUUACAACAUAUUGAAGACUAGUCAUGGCGUCGCAAUCAUUCUCCUUUUCAUCUACGCCUCAUAUCUGAUUUUCCAGUUAUGUUCGCACAAAGCCCUCUACGAUGAUGUCAACGAAGAUAUGCAACCAACCAAGGGGUACGCAGGCCAGAAUCCAUUUCGAUUGCACAGGAGACGUAGGGUCACGGACGGCGAAAACGUGCCUUCCCCGAGUUCGACACAUGACAGAGAGGCAGCCGCAACGUCGUCCCACCCCACAGAUCCCAACCCUGACGUGGAACCUGGGACUUAUUCCGUAGCAUCAGUGGAGACUGAGAUUCAACCAUUGAUGAACCUCGCUGUGUGCUUCUGGCUUUUGGCUGUUGUAACUGUGUUGACUGCUGUUACUGCAGUGUUUCUCGUUGACUCGAUUGAUGGCUUGACUUCAUCUGGGUCGAUCAACAAGGAGUUCGUUGGUAUUAUUUUGCUUCCGAUCGUGGGUCACGCAGCGGAUCACGUCAUUGAAGUUACGGUAUCCGUCAAGGAUAAACUGACUUUGAGCUUGGGUGUUGCUGUGGGUUCGAGUAUUCAAAUUGCGCUCUUUGUGAUUCCAUUCAUCGUGACGCUUGGUUGGAUUAUGAACAAGCCAUUGACACUUCUCUUUGACCCGCUGGAAUCCAUUGUCAUGUUUCUCUCUGUUCUUACUGUCAAUUACGUCGUGCAGGACGGCAAGUCAAAUUGGUUGGAAGGAAUGAUUCUCAUGUGCGCCUACAUGAUUUUGGCUAUAACGUUUUGGUAUUAUCCUGGUGAGCCCCUCGUCGAUGUAACUCAAGACUCCCACAUAUUAAAUGCUGGUCUCACUAGGUACCCAGGGGAUCUUUCCAAAUUGCUAGACCAGACCAGCAUCGAUAUCUUCGAUGAAUGGAGGAUUGCCACGGGCUCAGUACUACUCGGCUUUGACCUAGGCCGCUUUCUUAUCGAAUCAUAUUCGGCACCAUACUCAUGCUCUUUUCUUUCUGGUAUUUUUGGUUUGGACUAG